CCAAAAAAAACAAAAACACCUAUGUAAGUUACAGAAAUAGUCACUGAAAGAACGAAUCUUUUAGGUGCAAGGAAUUAAAAGAUGUGUCUCACUGGGAUGAAUAGAACUUACCACCACUAGCUGUUAAACCAUAAUUGUGCAUUUUUGGAUGGGUACUAGGCUCCUCCCCCAAUUUUGAGCAUGCACCCGCUGCUUCCCUUUUACAGUGCACUGGGCAGAGUGCUGGUUAAGUUUCGAUUUUGUUUCCUCGUAGACUUGCACUCACUCACUGUCUGUGGCGCACUUUCUUCACAAGCCUGUUAUUUGGGUUCUUCUCUGCAGAAUAACUUUCUCCAUUAUGGCUUCCAUCGUCUCUUCCCUGGGCAGUGAGAAGGAGGUGAGGCUGCAGAGGUUUUUCUCCAGUCCUGUUCGCUUUCAUCUUCUGUACAAGAGCAGUCAUCAUGGGGCCACUGUCGAUCAGCUCCUCUCCAGCUUCGACAAGUCUGGCAAAUUUCUGCUCUCAGUGUUUCUGCAGUCAGGGUCAGUCAGAGGAGCUUUCACGAGUAAAUUCCUGAGACAUGGGACUGAGUUUUCUGACACAGAGGCAUUUGUGUUUGAGAUGGAUGAGAAUGAUGCCAAAUAUUUUCCAGUGAUAAACUCUGCAGAAGCUAUCAGGAUCAGCACCCAAGAAGCUUCACUUAAAUUUCACAAGCUCAAGUAUGAAAUGUCUCAGACAGCACAUUCUAUCUCUUUUGGAAGCUGCUUAAACUUCAAGUUGGAUAAUGGCUUCUGGUAUGUGAGCUUCUGCACAGAUGAGACCUUUGGCACGACAUGGGCACAGGAGAAAAGCAUUCACUGUGUAGAUGUGGAGCUGCACCGAGUCCAAGAUGUGGUCGAAUUUAUGCCGACCCCUUGGAGAGAAGUGUCCUGGACAGAUCCGGCAAGGGAAAGCCUGAGGCAGGAGUUUGUCUCUUACAAGCUGCCAAAGAACUAUCCAAUGUCACGGGUGAAGGCGUUGCUCUUGGGCCCGGUGGGUUCUGGGAAAUCCUGCUUCGUCAACUCUAUCAGAUCCACCAUGUACAAGCGGAUCGUUCAUCUGCCCAACGUCGGCACGGCAAAAAACGGGUUCACCAAGAAGCUGAAUAUCUAUAAUAUCAAUGGAGAGAAAGGAGGUUCUCCAACUGUUCUGAGUCUCUGUGAUGUGAUGGGAAUAGGAGACGAUGACUCUACCGGUCUCUCUUUCUCCGACACACUGGCUAUCAUCAAAGGCCACGUCCCAAUAGGAUACAAGUUCCAGCCCGAUGUUCCAGUCACUGAUGCAGUCAGUGGCUACAUACCAAACCCUUCCCUAAACGAGCAGGUUCACUGCGUCCUCUUCGUGCUUGAUGCCAUCAAAUUGACAUCAUACCCCAGCAGCCUGAAAUCCACACUCGGGAAGCUGCACACCACCAUAUCAGACCUGGGAAUCCCUCAGCUGAUUUUGCUCACUCAUGUGGAGCAGGUGUGUCCGACAGUACAGGAGGACUUGAAGUACGUCUACUCCAGCCGAACUGUGCAGGAUAAGAUGCAGAAAGCAGCUGAGUUGGUUGGAUUGCCAUUGUCCUACGUUCUGCCGGUGAUGAACUAUGUUUCCCAGCUGAAAGUGGACUGCAACACCGACAUCCUGCUCCUGAGUGUGGUUAUGAACAUCCUACAGGCUGUGGACGACACAUUUGAAGACCAGUACUCAAAUCCUGUCCCUAUAUCCCACCAAGAUGACCAAGAUGACUAAUCGCAGUCCUUUUAGCUUUACAAUGAAGAAAUGAGUAAAAGCUUAUAGAAAACUUGCAGCAGCACUUAUAAACAUGUGUUAAGGCUUUUUCUUCUAUAAAAAAUGCCAUAAGCAUUCAUAUCAUACUUUGUGCAGACAAAUAAUAUACAGUUUAAUAACAGGUCUACUUAUAUCCUCAAUAUCUCAACAAUAUUCACUAUCAAUAUCAACACAGCACAGUAAAAAAAAAAAACAAAGUAGCACUUAACACGCUCUAAUAUAUGACAAUAUUUCAAACAUUUUCAUAUAUAACUAUAUACUAUACAUCAGUAGUAGAUCCUGGUAUGAGCGAGGGUGCCAUCGUUCUUCUGGUGCCUUGUUCUGUGCUGCGCUGCUUCUAAUUAGCUGUGGGGAGCGGGGGAGGUUUACUUAUCAAUAGCACACCUCUGACUUUGUACUGUACUUAUGUUCAGUUGUUAUAAUCACACAAUGAAAUGUAACUAAAUGAACCACUUUUCUUGAUAUAGCAUAUAGAAUCUCAAAUAAUCAUGCUCAACUUUUUCUUAAUAAUGCAUGCCAAAUAAAUAUAAGAAAUCACAUUAAAGAUUUAGUUCAAUUUCCUUGCCUGGCAUCAUAAAUAUUUUCUGUGAUUGAUUUUUGUGAGGAUGUUCCUGUGCAUAGAACAACAAUAACAACACCACCACCACCUCCACCACCACCAUGACAUAGCUGUGAUCAGUAUUAACCAUGUGGUUACCAGGAAGUUUUUGUAUGAUGAUGAUAUUGACUUUUCAUCAAGGGAGACAA